UUAAAUAUUUCACAAGCAGUUUAAAUAACGAUAAGGAAUAUCUUUCAAAUAUUAACGAUUGUUGUUGUUUUGAAAUCUCUUACGAUGAACUUCAAUUCAUAUGGUAUGUGACGUUUGUAUAGUGUGUGUGCGUUGCGCGCGCGUCAAGCUGUGUUUUGAUACGAUUUUAACCUUAACGCGAAAUGGUGGCAGGAACGUCAGAGAUUUAUUGUUAAAAUGUCUAAACGAAAUAGCGAUUAUGUCGUUACGGAGCACCGUGACUUGCAGGCUAACACCAUGGCUGUGGACGCGACCGGCAACUAUGUUUUGUUAGCCGGACGUAGAUACUUGGCCAUCAAACAUCUGGAUGAAGACGUGAAUACAGUGAAGAAGUUUCAGCGACAGAGCAAAUAUGAAGUUGGCUCUGCCGAAUGGAACCCGUGUGAUCUAAAUUCUCAUUUAUGUGCAAUUUCUAGUAAUACUCGAAUUGAGAUAUUAAGUUUUAAUGGAUCAGGGGGCAACGAGUUACAAACUACACAGAGUUUAAAAGCUCACACACGAGUCGUUAGUGAUUUAAACUGGCAUCCUAAAGAACCGGACAUUAUUGCAUCUUGCAGUAUCGACACAUUUAUACAUAUCUGGGACAUACGAGAUCAGAGAAAGCCAUACCUAUCUUUGUCCGCAGUUGCGGGGUCAUCCCAAGUGCGCUGGAAUCCAUUAUCACCCCAUACUUUAGCCACGGCACACGAUGGAGACAUUAAAAUAUGGGAUCAGCGAAAGGCAAACAGUCCUGUGCAAUACAUAACAGCCCAUCUAACAAAAAUACACGGUUUAGACUGGUGUCCCUUUCAACAAAAUCAAUUGGCAUCAUCUAGUCAAGACUGCACCGUCAAAAUCUUUGAUAUUAUCAAUCCACGCAGAGCCGAGAAUAUCUUGACAACGAAUUAUCCUGUGUGGAGAGCGAGAUACACGCCCUUUGGCGAGGGUUUAGUUACGAUAGUGGUACCACAAUUACGACGAGGAGAAAAUAGUCUUUUAUUAUGGAACACGUCAAACCUUAGUUCGCCAAUAUACACAUUUGUGGGCCACACAGAUGUCGUGCUCGAAUUUCAAUGGAGGCAUCUAAAACUAGAAAACAACGAGUUUGAACUCAUCACAUGGUGCAAGGAUCAGUGUCUGAGGAUAUUUAAAAUCAAUCCCUUCAUAAAGAAAUUGUGUAGCAACGGUAUAGAUGAUGGUCUGUCAGUUUACAGCCAAUAUUCAGAAGAAAACAAUUUAAGAGUACAAUCUGUUCAAGAACUACAACUCAAUAGUUCCCAGAGCGAGCCUGAAAUAAAUUAUAUCACGACCAAAGUGGACGAGCUUGCGCCGCAAUCUGAAACUAUCAGCGCUCCAGAUAAUUCCAAGAAAAUCUCGUCUCCCACUCAGCCAAAGAGUUUGCAGCAGGAAUUCUCUAUGAUCAAUAUGAAUAUACCAAAUAUAGAGGUGAACGCGAUGGACGCGACAGAGAGGAGCUGUACGAUAACCGCAUGUACAAAGAAUUACAAUGUGAUAUUAAAAGUAAAUUUCCCAGUAAAUUAUCCGUACAGCGCACAGCCGACUUUUCAAUUUGGCACCGGCACGUCCAUCGACAACGCGACGAUGACCAAACUGCAAAAGGUUCUUACGCAAACCGCUCAGCAUCGCGUCAGGAAAAACAGAUCCUGCUUGGAGCCGUGCCUCCGGCAAAUGAUUUCAACUUUGGAACAGACGUGUAAAAAAGACGAGGACGAAAGUGAUCACUUACCGUAUCACAUGCAAGAUAACGGCAACUUUCUGAACUCGCCUAGUAUCUGCUCGAAUUAUCGGGACUCCUAUAUACCUUUUCCCAGAACAUCUGGCGCUAAGUUUUGUUGUGUUGGUAUACUUGUUUGUUUCGGUCGUUCCUCGUAUACAAGAAGAACAUCAAUGAAACCAGGAGACGUGACGCCCAGAGCAUUGUCUGCCUUAGACAACAGUAUCGGUAGCGGCGAGUCUUUCAUGCAUAUGUAUCGAAGUUCCUAUGUGCCCACAAACGACAAUAUAUCCAUUAGCUCAUACUACUUUCAAGAUCGUCAGAAAGACCUUCGACGUGGAUUGCACGGCGCGAAUAGAAUACACGAUCGAUCCUAUUUCAAGAACUAUCACCCGAUGGUUAUGAUCUAUGACAUUUCGUCGUUAUUCUUCGUUAAUAAAGAGCUUGCUGAAAAAUAUACGAUCAAUACCGCCGACAUUUCGACUAUGUGUCAAUACAAUGCAAACGUGGCUUCUGUACUGGAACGGUCUGACUUGGUUCAGACUUGGUGUUUAGCUGGUUUAAUCAUUUCGCAGCCACUUUCCAACACCGAGCAGAACUUAAUCCAGUCGUGUCAAUCUCCUGACGUCGAUGCUCCGUGGCCUUUACAUCCCUGGGGCCAAAACUUGAUUCAUUCCUUAAUUCAGCAUUAUGCGAAUCAAUCUGAUGUUCAGAUGGCCGGCAUGCUGAGCUGUGCACUUAGCUACCGAUCGGAGAACACAGACGCCGCACAAAUGAGAUUGACUAGCAAAUCCGUGAACGUCAGUAGGCUUUCCACAGGAAAAUGGUGGUUGAAGCCUGGCGGUUCGCCUUAUCACACGAUACACUUGGCGGACACCACGCUGGAGGGAUGGAAUUUUCAGAAUCUGAAACAACACCGGUCCAACUCGUGGUCGGAAUCGCUCGACGAUUUAAAAGUCAUUCAAGACACGUUGGGUGAUUCGGCGAGAAACAUCAAAAUGGAAUGCAAUGUACGCAGGUUGCUCGACGAGAAAUACACAGCCUUGUACGACGGUUACAAGAAAGCAUAUGCCGAGGCGUUGCAUAGGUGGGAGUUGCUGGACGGUCGCGCACAAGUCCUAAAACAUUUGAGCACAUCACCGUUCGACGUACAAAAGGGUGUCGAGCUGCAGUGCGAAUGUCGGGUCUGCGGUAAGAUCAGCCGAGGUCCGCAAUGUACAAAUUGCAAAGGUUUGAGCUUCCAGUGUGUCGUAUGUCAUGUAACAGUCAAAGGCGCAAGUAAUUCUUGCAUGUUUUGCGGCCACGGUGGACACAUUCAGCACUUAGCGGCGUGGUUUGCGAAAGAGACAGUAUGUCCGACGGGUUGCGGCUGUCAAUGCCUGCAUGAGAACUCAGUGCUGUUUAAAAUAUAGGUUCUUCAAGCUUUCUUACUUGAGCACCAAGUUCCACCAGUGUUUCAAUCAGAACUGCAGUUUGCACAGUCAUGUGGAGGCAGC